AUAAACACGUUUUGAAUGUAAGAAAUGUUUGGCAAACGUAACGAUGAAAUUCCUGACAAUCAUUGGUGUCAUAAGACUUUUGGCCAUUUUUGUAGCCGUUUUAGCGGUCAAAGUGACGGCCAAAGAUAUCAACGAAAAUCUGGUUACAGCCGAUAGUGUCCGGACCGCUACUUUCGAGUCAGAAUUUCCCGAAAAACCAUUGCAAUUGGUUCGGCCAGACGUCGAUCACAAACGACUGGUGAUUGUCGAGGAAAAUGUUAAGCUAUUGCACCGUUUGGUCGGACCUGUGGCUACCGUAGCAGUGGUCGGAAAGUUUCAUUCGGGAAAGUCGUUUCUCAUGAAUCAAUUGAUGGGCAAAUCCAACGGUUUCGGUGUCGGACCCGAUGUCCGACCAAAAACGAUGGGCAUAUGGAUGUGGGGAAAACCUACAAAAUACACACUGGAUUCUGGUCUGAAAACAUGGAUUGUCUUUCUGGAUACCGAAGGUUUUGCUGCCAACAAUGUGUCCGAGAAUUACGACGCAAAGAUUUUUGCCGUUUCGACACUUCUGUCAUCAUUUCUAUUGUAUAACUCGGUUAAGAUCAUCGACCAGUCGGAUAUCGAUUACUUGGAACUAUUGGCUCGACGGACACAGUUGUUUGCAUUGCGGUCACAAAUGUCUAGAAAGAAGUGGACCAACGAGUUUAACAAAGAUUUGUUAAGUUUUCCGCCGCUGAUUUGGAUCGUCCAGGACUUUGUUCAGUCCACUCUCGAGGAAUCACCGAAACAAUGGUUACAUCGAUUGAUGGGUUCACACACACGAGAAAAUGAUUUAUACGAAAUAAGUCUUAAAGAUAUUUUCAAAUCAGUUGACUGUCACACACUGUUUUUACCGGCCGUUAAGAAACAUUUAUUGAAUGACCUAUCGUUGGCCAAAGAGUCCGAUCUGACAGAAGAAUAUAUAUUUGAAAAGAAAGAGUUGAUUAAUAAACUAAAGCGCGGAAUAGUUCCCAAAGAAAAAAAUACUAAUCCUAUCACUGGUAUAGAGUUGGCCGCAUUGUUGGAAAUAUUAGUAAACGCCGCCAACGAUGGCUCACUGGCCGACAUUCCUAACCGUUGGGACGCGUUUGUCGCCCGAUUACAAGAGACAGCCAUUGAAGAUUGUCUCAAGUUUUACGAGGCAGACAUGAAUGUCUUGAUUAUUGAUGAAUACGACAACAAUGCUAUCAAUAUAUUAAAGUUUGACGAAUGGCACAUCCAGUCACAGGAAAGAUCUAUUCAACUAUUAAAACAAUUGCUUCACGGCUUAGAGGAUCCGCUAACCAAAGGUUUACACGAUUUGAGUCACAAGAUUACCAUUCACUUUGAGCGCACACGUGAUAUCAACGAAAAGAAAAUCAAACUCAAGUGUUCACAGAGUUUACAUGAAUUGGAAAUCAAAUCCGAACAAAGAAUUCGUGCCAUUCAACUGCCCGUACAGACCAGUCAUCUGAUAACACAAGCAAAAGAAAUACUCAAAGAUAUCAAAAGUGAUUAUAUUAAUCAAGUGAAAGAUCUGGUCGAUAGUUCAACAAUGGAGUUGUAUUUGGAAACACUGACCAAAGCUGUCAAAAAUCAAGUGUCAAGUAUUCAGUUGGAAAACAAUCGGGCGAUCGAAGAGUUUUUCGAUCGACAAAUACAAGAAUCUAUCGGUAAAUUUGAUUCGGUGUCACAAUCGGACUACAGUCGUGUUAAGCCACGAAAACCAACACUAUUGAGGCGUAUAUUUGAAGAAUCAAACAUACAGGCGCUCGACAUGUUUAACAACAAUUGUCAACAAUAUACCAGUGAAUCGAUUUAUGAAUCAAAGUUAGCUCUUUUGAAGAUCAAAUUGAAUGAAAAGAUUUUGAGUUUAGAAAAACAAAAUGAAUUGAUUGCCAAAACCUAUAUUCAAAAUGAAUCCAAUCGUUUGGUCGAUGAGUUUCGGUCACAGACGGGUACAUCGUUUAUACCGUUACCGGUGAAUAAUACCGAAUUAGAGUCUCGGAUCAAACUGGAAGUAUCCAAAUCUAUUAGAGACUAUUCGGAUCUAUUAACCGAAUAUUCGACUUACCAAACAUACGAUGAUAUGUUUGUUAAGUUUAAGGAAAAUUUAGUUGAAAUUUGUGAUCAAAGACGUAAUGAAAAUGUCAAGGCUUUUACUAAAGAAGUGGAGACACCGUUAAAGACGUCUAAAAAGAUAAUCAGUUUAUCGCAUCACAAAUAUACAACUGUUUUUAGUUUCAAGCAAUUUAUGCAUUCCGUGUGUUUACUUCAUUUAGAUGAAGGAAAACCUAAAUACUGGUCAUUAAAAUUAAAGUCAGAAAUAAUCGAUGAAUUUAUUAGUAGUGAUAAACAAUUGCUUGAAUUAAUUGAAUCGAAGUCUGGCCUCUAUUCAUCAAUUAUUGGUUUUUUCCAAUGGAUUUUAUGGAUCUUAAAUCUAGGAUAA